UACCUUUAUGCAGCCUUAUAUAUUCCCUGACUCGUUCGUCACUACCUAUUUAUUCUUCAUAUAAGCCCGAUGGCCACGGCAGCAGCUCACGCUACCUCCCAACUCAAUGGUGGUUUGAUUGACCCCACUAAGCAAGCAGAAUAUCCUAUUCUCCUGGGCAGCAAAUUGGCUGGGAAAGGACAAUAUAGUACAGAUAAAUUUAUUGGCAUUACUUAUAACCAUAAAACCAAGUCAGCUUCUCGACAUCAAAGGGCGACAAUCACUGCGACGGGCUCCACCCAGCAUCAAUACAAGCUCACACUUCAAGACAAAUCCCAUAGUGCAGAACAUAAAAAUCUUGUUUACACAUACCAUGGCAGCGUUGAUCCUACCUCCUUAGUGUCCGAAUCAGAGACCAGCAACUUGGUCCUAGUGUUUGACCCAGAGCAAAAAGUGUUCGUUCUCGAGCCCGUGUCGACCAGAUUGAACUUCAACCUUCGAUCCGCGCCAGGGAAAUCAACUCAACAAGUUAUAGAACAAUACCCGCAGCUUAAUGUCCUCUCCGGAGAAGAUCAAAUAUCUUGUGAUGACCAACUUCAGGAAAGGAACGGUGAGGAUGACGCCGAAGGCGCUGCGGAUGAGAGCAACCCGUAUGAUUUCCGCCACUUUCUUCCAAAGCCUAAAGCUGAAACCGAGGGACCUGAUGUCACUACGCCUGAUGCUCUUCCGAGCCUUACAAAUUCAUAUUUAGCACCACCACCUGUCGCCAGCGCGAGGUCGAGGCCAAAGCCGAUAGCUAAAGCCAAAGCUCAGGUAAAUCCGCUUCGACAACAGAAACGACAACCAAAAGUGGCUGCUGCGGACACCCGCCCGACGAUAUCUAAACCUAAAUCUGCAACCCGCGUUGGUGAAGUGGACAUCGGCCUCGAUUCGUCGUCUUCAGACAGAGAAGAAACUGCUAAGCUUGAAAUAGACGAAGAUAAGCCAUCACAACCGGCUGCAUCUCCUGGGGCAAAUAUAAUUGUUGAUGGAGACUUAAUUAUUGAUAUGGGUUCUCCGCCUCCCCCUCGCCCAGCCUUCAAAAUAAAUCCUCGACAUUUCUCCUCAAAUAAUACCUCUGCUAAUGAGGCAGACUACGACAGUGAUGAUGAGGGGGAGAUGGAAGACCUGAGAUUGCCAUCACCUUCAACCACUAUGAUCCAAGCACGGAAGGGUGAUGAAGAGGAUGAGGAUGAGAAUGAGGAUGAGGACGAGGAUGAGCAGGAGGAUGAGCAGGAGGAAGAGCAGGAGGAAGAGCAGGAGGAAGAGGAUGAGGAAGAGGACGAGGAAGCGGAUGAUGAUCAGGAGGAACCAGAAGGAAAGGGAGAAAAUACGGGACAGGAUGAAGUGAUAGACGAUGAUGAUUUAGCUGCUGAGAUGGAAGCGGCUUUUGAGGAGAGUGCAAGAGAGGAAGAGCAGGAGAGGGCCCAAAGGCUAUUGCAGCAGCAGCAGCAGCAGCAGCAGCAGCAGCAACGGAUGCAGCAACAAAUUAUGAGCGAUGAUGAAAGCGAAAAAUACAGAGCUACUGUGUUUGAAUAUGGCGUAAGGGUUAUUUCCUGUUUCGGUAUAUGA